UGUCACAACACCGGAGCGGAGCUGUCCGGAACAUCCGGCUGUUGCUCCUCAACAUAAACAGCUAUGGCGGAGGCAGCAGCAGCAGCGUCCACGGCGGCGACAGGAGUAACAGGAGGCUGGACCAAACACGUAACCUGCAGAUAUUUCAUGCAUGGACUCUGCAAAGAGGGAGAAAACUGCCGGUAUUCCCACGAUCUGACCAGCAGCCAACCCGCAGCCAUGAUUUGCAAGUUCUUCCAGAAGGGAAACUGUGUGUUUGGGGACCGUUGCAGGUUUGAACACUGUAAACCGGCAAAAAACGAGGAGCCGUCAACACCGCAGAUGCUGCCGCUGCCCUCCGCCGGCCCGUCAGACCCAGAACCCAGUGAGCCAACACCUGGCACAGGGGCACAAGACUGGGUCAACGCUGCUGAGUUUGUUCCUGGACAGCCGUACUGUGGACGGGCUGAGCAGGUGAACGGGGAGAGCUCCGGCCCGCUCAUCGAGGAGUUCGACAGCGACACGGCGCAGGACAACAAGCGGCGGAGGAAGCAGCUCUGUCCGUACGCCGCCGUCGGAGAGUGCCGCUACGGGAUCAACUGUGCCUAUCUCCACGGCGACGUCUGCGAUAUGUGUGGCCUUCAGGUGCUCCACCCCACUGACAGCAACCAGCGCUCAGAGCACACUAAGGCGUGCAUCGAGGCCCACGAGAAAGACAUGGAGAUUUCGUUCGCCAUCCAGCGCAGCAAGGACAUGAUGUGCGGUGUGUGUAUGGAGGUGGUGUUUGAGAAGGCCAACCCAAGCGAGCGCCGUUUUGGCAUCCUCAGCAACUGCAGCCACUGCUACUGUCUAAAGUGCAUUCGCAAGUGGAGGAGUGCCAAGCAGUUUGAGAGCAAAAUCAUCAAGUCUUGCCCAGAGUGUCGAAUCACAUCCAACUUUGUCAUCCCCAGCGAGUACUGGGUGGAAGAUAAGGAAGACAAGCAGAAACUCAUCCAGAAAUACAAGGACGGCAUGGGGACUAAACUGUGUCGAUACUUUGACGAGGGCCGCGGAACAUGCCCCUUCGGCUCGAAUUGCUUCUACAAGCACGCCUUCCCUGACGGGCGACUGGAGGAAGCUCAACCCCAGCGUAGACAGACGGGCUCCAACAGCAGAAACCGGAGCUCGAGGCGAACACCGCUGUGGGACAUAUUUGAUGAGAGGGAAAGCACCGACUCCUUCGACAACGAGGACGAGGAGAUGGUGACGUUCGAGCUGAGCGAGAUGCUCCUCAUGCUGCUCGCCGCGGGAACCGACGACGAGGUGACAGACUCAGAGGACGAAUGGGACUUGUUUCACGAGGAGCUGGACGAUUUCUAUGAAAUUUACCUAUAGCAGCCCCACCAACUUCCUCCCCCCCUUCCCCGCCCCCAUGUAUACUAGACACUAGAAUGGACUGUCUUGUGCGAGUGAUGGACAGUAGCUUUUAUUCCCCACCCUCUGUAUUGUGGCAGUGCCUUUCAGCAGGCCAUUAAUAAAUGAACUUGAUAAAAGAUAAAAGGAAAAAAAAAAAAAAUCCAACUUGUCGGUGCGCUCGUGCUAAACAUUUUCUAGACAUCUAUCCUUGUGAGUCUAUCUUGUGCGGUUCCUGUGAAAAGGAAAAAUAAGAAAAUGACAAAGUGAACUCGAUAUAAGAUUUAACGAAAAAUCAACUUUCUUCAAAUAUUGCUAAUAAAAGUUGUUAAGUUCAUUUGUGGGUGUGGGUUUGACUUGUUUAUCAUCUAGCCAGGUGUUUGUACAUAAAACUAAAACUCUGAGGAUGCACUCGAACUUACUCAGCACCAUGUACUGUAACAGUGAUGGGCAUGUUGUAAGAUUUUACAAAACGGUUUCUGAAGGCCGAAAUGUUUUUUUUCUUUAUUAAAGUUGCUGAGAGCCAAUAUAUUGUGCUGAUGUUUAAUAAAUUGACCAUAAUCACUUUCAUGUUGUACUGGAAAAGUAUUUUCCGUGUCCCCCUAUAGAGGUCUGUACUUUCUUUUUUGAAAAAAACCUUUUAUGAGACAUUUGGGUCAGAUACACCAAACAAACUGUGUGUGAAACUCAUGUAGGGUUUGUGCACCGUGCGGCAGUGGGAAGUCGUGCCCUGAUCAUCGGGCGGCCAUCUUUGUUACUGGGACACUGUAGUCACUGAGGGGCUCAUUGAAUAAGUUACUCAAAGAAAAAUGAAAACAUUGUUGGUUGUGAAAGUCAGGAGGACACUCACUGGCUGGAAUAGCUGAAACAAAUAUGGGCCAAACCUAUUUUGAGUUUAAGAAAUUAAGUUUCAAGUUUAUGAAUGUGUAAAAGCAAAAUUGGGAGUUGUAGAAAUAACAAGAAAAUGUUUCGAAAACUGAUCGGGUUACACAAAGCCUAUCUUCUGCCAUAAUUUGUAUAUUACAUGUAUUAACACAACUAAAACUUUGUUUUCAUCUCCUAAACUCAAAGUUAUUUUUUUUCAAAGGCUCCUCAACCAUUGAAAACAACAACAAAAAUUCACGCCCAUAGAGCGCUGCUCAGUGCUGCCUCUGGUGAUUGAAAGCUGUAUUGCAGCAAUACUACUGAACAAAAUGCACUGUAUCUUUAAGAGUAACGAAUUUUAGGAGCUGCUCAGUGACUGGUUGGUCUCGGUUAGCGGGGCCUCUGAUUGUGUGACAGGUGAACCCCACCUCCCUCUUGUCGGCACACCCUCUGUAAAGCCUUUCAAUUGGUCUGGGAAACAUACUAAGUGAUUUCACUGUAGCUAAGGUCCAAUGUUAUGUUAACGUUAGGAUUCUCCAGAUCCGUUUUAUCGUUCUGUGAUUCCUACCUGUAGCUUUUGGGUCCCACGUUCAUCAGCAAUCUGCUGUCGGUCAAAAUGGACAAAAUAAAGAUGGAGGUAAUUAUUCUCCCUUUCACUAUUCUGAGUCACAGCGUCUGCGGACGUCUGUGUUACCACAAGACAAAUCUCAAAGGUCAAUGCUUGUGACUAAAAACUCAUGAGCAGACUGAUGGUGCAGCGGGGUCAAGGAGCUGAGCGACUCCCUGUUCUGUUUCUGCUUCUUGCAUUGUGAGCUUUGCUGUUAGGCUGCUCAUCCACUGACUCCUGAUGGCGAGUCUCAGCCCGUUGAACUCCAUUGGAAUGCAUUUGUUUAUACUGAUAUGUGUGUUUUCUAUGUUCCACAGCCAUCCAUCCUAACUUGAAAUUAAAGUUUAUUAUCAACCUC